AUGAAGGAAGCCAACACAGCAUGCAAGCAAGCCUACGAGAAAUUACGCCAGAGCGCCGGACGCAAGACCCUCAACGACAUAGCCUCGGAGUUCGAGAUAUUCAAAGAAAACUUCCGCCGAGAUCGCAGAAGCAAAGAUGCCGCACUAGUACGAGAGCACAAGCAAAGAGUGUUGGGCGCCCCUCCCGUGCCCCUAAACCAGAAAAGCAAUGACGCAAGAGCGAAGCCUGGGGUGCAGGAAGAAGUAUGGGAUUGGCGGUACACACUCCGUCCUUGCACGUCUUCCCACUGCAAGGCUUACUACACACCAUACUCGAACCAUUACAUCUACUACCGCACACCGUUUUCUGGUACCUCGUUUCUGCCGCAAGAGACUCUUUGCUCGGCCUGCGCACAUACUGAGGUUGAAGGUUUCGCGAAGAAGGUCAAAGAGAAGUCAAAGAUCGUCGUCAUGGCCCCCGCCAACCAACUGCCAGAGUCACAGUCCCUAAAGCGUCCUGCAGAGGCAGAUACACAGCCACCCCGGAUGAGUAAAAUCGCACGCCAAGGCAAAUAUGGUACUGUCUUAGUCAACAUUGGAACCGAACAAAAGCUAUACCUGCUCCACACCGACUAUCUCUCGCACUACUCCACCGUCUUCAAGCUACACCUAACGCGCGGUACUCAAAUAUGUCUCGAAAAGGUAGAGCUUGAAGUCUUCGACAUCUUCGUCGACUGGGUGUACACGCAAAACUUACCACAACCCUCCGAAUGGGACUGCCUGCUCGUAGCCCAAUGCCUGGAAUUUGCAGGUCAAUACCUGAUCCCCUUAUUCGCAGAAGCUGUAGGGAACGCGUUCGUCGACAAGGCAUUCACAACGGGAAUAACCCCGUACUACCCAACCGUCAUCUUCGCGUAUACAAAGCUUCACUCUCACACCGAAGCCUCCGACCGCUUGAGGCGUUUACUGGUGGACUAUCACUGCACUAUGUAUAGACCGGGGGAAGUCCACAACGCGACCCCUGGUAUGCACUUGGAAGAUGAGAUGGCGGAGAAAAUUCCAACCGCGUUUUGGAAGGCGGUUAUGGAUAGAUUGAAUAUCAUGAGCAUAUGA